AUGUCUACCUUACGUUACGGGAUAGAAGUCCGUGGCUCAAAAGGCGGCGCCAAGGGCGGCCGUUCCAUCCACGCAACCCGCCGUUUCCAGCCCGGCGACAUCAUUGCCCGCUUCAAUGAGCCAGCCGUAGUACUCCCUCCGGGCAACCACGCCCUAGAGUACUGCAACCACUGCCUAAAAGCCCAGGGGCAAGCUGGCGUGGAAAAACUACGCGCAUGCACGGGCUGCAAGACGGUGGCAUACUGCGGCCCGGUAUGCCAAAGAGCUAACUGGUCCCUAAUUCACAAGCUUGAGUGCAAGGCGAUCCAGCGGCUGCAUGAAGGAAAGCCAUCAAAUCAGCCCGAUUGGGUCCCCACACCAAUCCGCGCCGCAACUCAGGUCAUGCUGCGGCCGGCAGUGCUUAAUGAGUUUGACGACUUGGAGGGUCAUGCUGAGGAGUGGAGGAAGAAGGAUGAAAUGGAGCUGAAACUGCAAGCUCAUGGCGUUGUAAGGUGUCUUGGGGCUGAUUCGAUAACACCCAGAGGCCUUGAGGACGCUUUUCAGGUUUUGUGCAAGCUUCAAACCAACGCAUUCAGCCGUACGGAAGAGUACUAUCAAUCAGGCGGCAUUUUCUUGGACACAACACUGGCCAUGAUCAAUCACUCGUGUGUACCCAAUGCUUUGGUGCAGUUUGGAGGGAGAACGGCCACAGUCCGGUCCACCUCCUUCAUCAACCCUGGCGAUGAGAUUGAGAUAUCAUACAUUGACCAAACACAACCAAGGGACAAGAGACAAACCGAACUUUACCUCUAUCGUUUCGAGUGCUCUUGUUACAAGUGUCAGCACGACCUCGAUGAGUACCAAAUCGCCAUGAAAGACCCCACUAUUGAACUUAAUACUAUGAGUGCUAUGCCAGAUACUCAUCGCUUUAAAUCCUCUCCCGGUUGCAACACCGUUGAACGGUCUCAGGGGAUGGAGGUUUUGAAGAUCCAAAACAUCAUGCCUGAAUUUCCUCGCGACUUGAAACCGAAGGAAAAGCACGAGUGGCUGCGGAGAGCAUAUAAGACGGGAGACUAUUUCGUAAAACUGGGAAAGUGGGCCAUCGAGCCCUUUGCGCAGGUGGUGGACGAGGCAUCAUUCUAUUUCGGAAAGGAUCGAGGCAACCAUGAAUGCGCCCUCGCGAUCGCUUGCCUAUCGGCAUACGAGAUAGAGCCGUUCAAGCAUGUCGUGCCCUUCCACCCCCAAAGGCUCAAAGGGCUGUCCUCUGUUGCGAUCGCCUUGUCUAAUACUGCACCCAACCCAGACAAGCUCACCAAGCUCGCUAGAGACGUGGCGGCGAUGAAAAAACUUUCAGCGGAGAGCGUCAAAGUACUGGAGAACCUGGAUCAGGUCUCAUUAUGCCAAAUGGUUUUGUCAUUGAUUGAUGUACAAAGCCAGUUUGCACCGUCAGCCGACUGGGAAGUGUUAGUAUUGGCACAAGAAAUGCUUAGAGAUAUUGAGAGUCUCCCUGGCCGGGAGAAGGAGACAAGCUUGAUUCUUGCCUGGAGGAAGGACCCCAAAAGUAUGGAAGACUUCUUCAGGUUUGGCUUUGUCGAGCCUAUUAAAGCUCUCUCAGAGCUUGGAAAAGCUGUGUUAGAAGUAGAUUUAGGCAUGGGUCACGAUCUGUCUGCCAAAUGA